ACUGUCAGCAGAUUCGUCGAGGCACGUGCCUUCCUGGCUUCUUCAACAUCAGGCUAAAUCAUCCGGAACCAAAGGAUUGAACAACUGAAUUUGGACCCUAUUACUUGGUGAUUUGGUUGUCGGGUGGGGCUGAGAGUUAUUGGUAGUGAGAUUCCCAGAAAGAGAUUUGGCUUCCCUUGAAUUGCAUUGUCUCGAGCCUGAGGAAUCAUGUCACCAUUGUGCUAGUCGACCCAGAGCCAGUGAGUGUGAUCAUCAUCGUUCAUUAAGUGAAAGUCUACCUCAUUCUUUGAGGGGAUCUGGUCAUCAUGGAAGAAGAAUCGCACGAGUCUCUGGACUUUGACAGUAAGCCCAGCAUGAUAGCGGGACCCUCCAUUCCAUGGUUCUUGGGUCCACUGAUGAACCUGACCCAUUCCACGCAUCCUCGGCUUCACGGGUCAUGCAGUUUUCCUGGCCCAAUCACUCGUCACUCCAAUGACACAUCCUCAUCGCCCAUAAACCACCCCUUACACCAUUUCCCGCCAUUCUUGAACCUCUCGGCAGCCACUCAUCUCUCCUUGCAAUCCUAUCUGGCCCAUCGGUUACUAUUCGAUUCGAAAUGCGGCCAUCCACAUUUGGACUCUGAGCUAUCCUCGAGUGUUGAUGCAGCGGCGGAGGAUGCUGAUGCUGACGGGGUUGUCAACCCGGUGGUUAGUGACACCAACCCCACAAUCACCAGCCUUUCACACGGUAGCCUAUUGGAGACUCCACUGGACUUGUGUACCCGUUCCAACAAUAAGAAACGGUCCAAAUCCAUUUGGUCCCCGGCUCAGAGUUGCGAAUUGGAACAUGAUUCCAAGGACAACAAUAAUGUGUUGGUCCUGCCUCUGAAGUCCUCGUUGGAUGGACAUUCGCGGAAGUUUCCGUUUCUUGAUUGUUCAACCAGUCCAGCCCAAUCCGACGCCCACGUGUCCAGCACUCCCCCAACGGGUCCAACCAAAGACUUUCUUCUGCCCAGUCAUUCUUCCCCGGUAGAAGAUUCGAUCAUCAAAGCCACGAAAGACAAGAGGAAUUUCAAGUGUGGCCAAUGUGGCAAGAGCUUCAAACGAAGCUCGACGCUUUCCACUCAUCUCCUCAUUCAUUCAGAUACGCGGCCCUUUCCUUGUCAGUAUUGCGGCAAAAGGUUUCACCAAAAAUCAGACAUGAAAAAGCACACCUACAUUCACACUGGUGAGAAGCCCCACCAGUGUGUCGUGUGCCGUAAAUCGUUCAGUCAGUCGUCGAAUCUCAUUACACAUAUGAGGAAGCACAGUGGUUACAAGCCCUUCGCGUGUCAGUCGUGCGAGAAAAGGUUUCAGAGGAAAGUCGAUCUCCGCCGCCAUCGAGAGGCUCAACACCCCACGGAGCGACACCAAUGGAUAAUCAUGACCGACUCGGAAAACCUGACCACCCAAGCCGCCACAACAACCCGCGCACCAACGUCAGCUUCGCCACUAGCAAUGCCAACGAUAACAUCAACAUCAUCGUCGUCGAUUACGGCGCUUCUUUCUUCAGCCAAGACAAGGAGCAGCACAUCGUCAUCAUCCCAACGAUAACGCUUAACGCUUCCCAAUGACAUAGAACAUUGAUUACAUCGUUAUUUCAAUUAGUAGAGCCGGAAGGGCAAAAUUGUGGCUGUUGGCGAUUUGGAUCGGAUGACUACUUCCCUAAGUCCAUUCAUAUGAAACAACAUUCACUCAUAAAAUUAGAAAAUAAA